CUGGUGACACAUGGUCACUUUAUUACGUAGUUUCUGCUGAGUCUUCACAAGAAGGUAGAAGAGAAAACCGGUUAAUCAAAUUCGAGCUGUUUUAGAUUGAGAGCACAGCAAUCGACCAAAUAUGACACCAGGAUUCAGCCCUCGGGGUGGUGAUCGAGGAGGCAGAGGAGGCUUCCGAGGAAGAGGGAGCUUUGGAGACAGAGGUGGUGGACGGGGAGGUUUUGGAGAUAGAGGCGGACGGGGAGGAUUCAGAGGAAGAGGUGGUGGAGGUGGAUUUAGGUCUCCAAGUGGCGAGGGUGGCUUCAGAGGCCGUGGAGGUGGUCGUGGCACCCCCAGGGGUAGAGGUGGACGCGGGGGCUUCGGCGCGGGCAGGAAAGUCACAGUGGAGCCUCAUAGACAUGAAGGUGUGUUCAUCUGCCGUGGUAAGGAGGAUGCCCUGGUGACAAAGAACAUGGUAAUUGGAGAGUCUGUGUAUGGAGAAAAAAGGAUGAAUGUCGAGGAAGGAGAAACGAAGAUUGAGUACAGAGCGUGGAACCCUUUCCGGUCAAAGCUGGCAGCAGCCAUCUUGGGGGGGGUUGACCAGAUCCACAUCAAACCUGGCUCGAAGGUCAUGUACCUGGGAGCUGCAUCAGGGACGACAGUGUCCCACGUGUCAGACAUCGUUGGACCUGAGGGUCUUGUGUAUGCUGUAGAGUUCUCUCACAGGUCAGGGCGUGAUCUGCUCAACGUUGCCAAAAAGAGAACCAAUAUCAUUCCCAUCAUUGAGGACGCCCGGCAUCCACACAAAUACCGCAUGCUUGUUGGCAUGGUAGAUGUCAUCUUUGCUGAUGUGGCCCAGCCUGAUCAGACCAGAAUUGUUGCACUCAACGCCCACAACUUCCUCAAGAACGGAGGGCACUUUGUCAUCUCAAUCAAGGCAAACUGCAUUGACUCAACGGCAGCACCGGAGGCUGUGUUUGCUGCGGAGGUGAAGAAGAUGGGCUCAGAAAACAUGAAGCCCCAGGAGCAGCUGACACUGGAGCCUUAUGAGAGAGAUCAUGCCAUCGUAGUAGGAAUCUACAGACCUGCCCCCAAGAAUAAGAAGUGAACUGGCCCUUAGCAGCUGUGGCAUAGUGACUUUUUCUGUGGGCCCACCUCUGCCAUGAGGGGGGGGGAUGCCCAGCACCGGGGCACUGAUUGGACCCCCACAUGCUUACACCCAUAUCCAAACUGACCAUUUUAGUAUUGCUGUCUCCAGAGCUCAGACAGUGUUUUUGUGUCUGGGGAGAGGGUGUUGGGGUGGAAAUCACUUCGCUAAUUAACUCUGUAGUGCCAUGUAAAGUACUGUACAGAGGCAAAGCUUGAUAUGUUGAUUUAACUUUUUUAGGGUUUUGUUUAAUAUUCACAUUUGUAAUCUUAUGCUUUUAAAGAGCAACAUUUUCCGUUUAUCAUUGAAGUCAAAGACCAUUGUUUCUCCUUGAUGUUAAAACAAGACUAUGGCUUACACCUACCUAUGUGUACCUUGACUUUUUUAUUGAAACGGUAUGUGAUUGUAUAUUUGAUUUAGUUCUGCACUUUAAGACCUGGUCAGAGGAACAAUGUGUUAUCAUGACAUAAAUUAUGGUCACUCAGAA